UGUCGUCACUCUUACCGAAACGACUCGUAUGACAGUCAACUGCUCAAAUUUUCCAUAACAAAAGCACCAUUAGCUACCCAUGUCAAGAUUCAACUCUAAACAUUCUUUGAUCAUAUAAAAAUAUUGAAACUUCACAAAAAAUUCAUGGUGAAGACAGAGAUAUUAAGCAUGGAUGUGUAUAAAUAUUUUAUACUAUUGCUGUUAGUUACUUUUAUUUUACCAAUUGUGAAAUCCAAAGAGCAAUUAAGUUCAGGAGAAUGUGAGGAUCUUGGUUUUUCAGGGCUUGCACUUUGCUCUGAUUGCCAUACUUUUUCUGAGUAUGUUAAAAACCAAGAGUUGGUGUCUGACUGUCUGAAGUGUUGCACAGAGGAUUCUGAUGAUUCCAUUAGUAAGAUCACCUACUCUGGUGCAAUACUAGAGGUUUGCAUGAGAAAAUUGGUUUUCUAUCCUGAAAUUGUUGGUUUCAUCGAAGAAGAGAAGGAUCAAUUUCCCACCUUUAAAGUCCAAUAUCUUUUCAAUUCUCCACCGAAGUUGAUCAUGCUGGAUGAUAAGGGUCAGCAUAAGGAAACCAUUAGAAUUGACAAUUGGAAACGUGAACACAUGCUGCAGUACUUGCGGGAGAAGGUUAAGCCUACUUCAGCAUCCUAAGAGAGUGGCUUAAUUUUCUCUGUUGAAAAGAGUGGCUUAAUUUUGUGCUGAUGUGCCUGUAUCUUAAGUACUUGGAUGGUUUCAUAAAGAACGAUGAUUGAAUUAACUUAGAAAUAUGCAGUGUGAUCAGCAUUGUUAGUUUUCCUUUGAGCCCCUCUUAAGAUACCAUAGACUUGAAUUGAUGGUGUAUGGUAAGGUCAUAAGCAACGUAAAGGACUGUAAUUGGUUUCAGGGAA